AUGACGCCGCAAGAUCGCCUCAUCAAUCGAUAUCUGAUGAACGUUAUCGACCACAAAAUGAACUACUGCCGCAUGUUUCACGCGCGCACGAAGGACGCGGCAGCGAAGCAGUUUGAGGCGUUCCUCGUCCACUUUGAGAAGCUCUUUGGCUUCAAAGUUCACCUUCUGCGGACAGACGGUGGCGGCGAGUACGCCAACGCCGACUUGUUCUGCAAUCGCACGGGUGUAGCGCGCCAAGUAUCGGGAGCGCGCAACCAGGCAUCGAACGGCAAGGCAGAGAGGUGCACCGGACGGUGCUAA